ACAAGUAGCUGAUCAACACUGUUUCAGAAGCUUAACGUAUUUUUAAAAAUAAACAAAUUAAUACACACAACUGGCAAUACUGUUCGAAAAGAAAUUCCAAUGAUCAUCUGCUUUUUUUCUCAAAACACUCAAAAAAACGCGCAUUCGAUCAGUUACUCAGUUAAUCUCAUUCUUCGAACACAAGCUUUUAAAACACAAGCAUUCAAUAAUAAACAGUUCAAACCCCAUAAUUUCGCAAAACAAAACCCACAGCAAAAGCCUUAGUUAACAAUAACAAAACGGAACAAGUUUUUGACUUGAACAACAAUUUAAGAAUUUAAAUAUCAAUAAAUAAAAUUGUUAAACAGUAAUAUUAUUAAGAAAAUAAGUGAAAUUAGGAAAAAACCCCGCAUAAAAAAUAAUGGUAAAAUGUAAAAAUUCACAGUCGUUGGGUUCCAUAUCACGAAAUAUAAUUUGUUUGACACUGGGUCUAUUAAUCGGCAUAAGAUUAACAACAUUUUGGUAUGAUUUACAAGAUGCUGAUACUGAUGAAUAUUUGGCAGAUGCUGCUGAAACAACAACACCUUUCCCAUUGCCAUCGCUACAAGAAUAUGAACAAUUGUCACAACAAUUAUUUAACACCACUAGAGUUUUAUGUUGGAUAAUGACCAGUCCAAAAAAUCAUCACUAUAAAGCCAUACAUAUCCGUGAAACGUGGGGUAAACGUUGCAAUAAACUUCUAUUUAUGAGCACAGAGCAAGAUGAUGAAUUGCCAACUGUUAAGCUGGAUGUUGAGGAAGGUCGUCAUAAUCUUUGGAAUAAAACGAAAAAAUCCUUGAAAUAUAUUUAUGAUCAUCAUUUCGACGACGCUGAAUGGUUUUUAAAGGCUGAUGAUGAUACCUAUGUCAUUAUGGAAAAUUUACGCUAUUUCCUAUAUCCCUUUUCUGCAGAAACUGCCAUUUAUUUUGGAGCUAAAUUCAAACCCUAUAUAAAACAAGGUUACAUGUCCGGCGGUGCCGGUUAUGUCUUAAGCAAAGAGGCCCUUCGCAAAUUCGCCGUAGAAGCCUAUGAUAAUCCUCUUACCUGCCCGAAAAUAUUUCAAUCUGAAGAUGUACAAUUGGGUUUUUGUAUGGAAAAUGUGAAUGUUAUAGCUGGCGACUCUCGUGAUGAGCAGGGCUAUGAACGUUUUAUGCCGCUGGCCGUUAGACAUUUAAUACCAAAAGAUACUUCGUAUUGGUAUCAAAAUUAUGCUUACUAUCCCCCUAAACAGAAUGGUAGCUGUUGUUCACCGAGUGCUAUAUCAUUUCAUUAUAUAAAACCAAAUCAAUUUUAUGUUUUAGAUUAUUUUAUUUAUACUUUAAGAGCAUUUGGGGUUUUGGGUGAUUUACCGCAUAGUUUGCCAAAUAAAUUCAAUGGAACUGAAGCUGUAAAUAUAACGGGUGGAUGAGUUUGGGGGAUAUGUUAUGUUUAAGUUUAAUUUAGUGUAAAUAUUUGUAUAGUUUUUAAGGUUUUCUGUAAAAUUUUAAGAACCGCUAGGUUUCUACGAAGAAAAAAACUGUUGAAAUUUAAUAGAGAAUUCGAAUGCUACUGGUUUAAAAACGAUUAACGGAGUAACAUCUUAUUUGGAUUCGAAAGAUAUAGUUUCUGAAAUUCAGAGCUUAAAAGAGAAUUCGAAAGUUUCUGACAUGAUUUAAGAGGAUUCAAAAGUAUUUGGGUUUAAAAUGAAAUACUCCGUAUUUGAAUUCCAAAAGAAGUUUCUGAAAUCCAGUGCUUAACAGAGAAUUUAAAUGUUUUUGUUUUUGACAUGAGUUAAAGAGAAACAAAGUUUUUGGAUCGGAUUCAAAAGGGGAUUCAAAAGUUCUUGAUUUUAAAACGAGUUUUUAGAUUCGGAAGAAAUCCAAAUUUGAAAGUUUUUGUUUUGACAUCAGUCAGGAAGGAAAAAAAUUGGAUUUUCAAUGUUCUAAUGGGGGAUUUAAAAGUUCUUAAUUUUAAAACGAGUUUUUUUUUUGAUUCGGAAGAAAUCCAAAUUUGAAAGUUUUUGUUAUGACAUCAGUUAAGGAGAACAAUGGUUUUGGAUCGAAAAGGAAAUACCUUUGAAAUUCGAUGUUUUAAUAGGGGUUUUAAAAGUUCUUGGUUUUAAAACGAGCUAUGGAGCAACUCCGUAAUUGAAUUCGGAAGAAAAGGCUUCUGAAACACAAUGAAACAGAGAAUUCGAAAGUAUCGGUUCGGAGCAACUCCGAAUUUGUAUUGGGAAGAAAUUUUUUUCUGAAAUUCGGUGCUUAACAGAAAAUUCGAGUGUUUUUGUUUUUGACAAGACAUAAGGAUCAACAAAGUAUUUGGAUUCGAAAGAAAAAACUUCAAAAAAUUAAUGUUUUUAAUUCUCCAUACAAAAGUUCUUGGACUUGAAACGAGUUGCGAAGCAACUCCGAUUCCGAAGAAAAAGCUUUCAUAAUUGAAAGUUCUACCAAAAAUUCGAUAGUUUUUGAUUUUUAUUCGUAAUCUAGACCUUUUUUAUUCGUAAUCUGGACCUUAGAAGUUUAUUGAAAAAAGACAUUAUUUUUUUUAAGUAUUAAGUUUCUUUAUUGAUUUUUAAUUCAGA